CAACAGUAUCUUCUCUCUGACUCUGAUGGUGAGGAGCCCGUGGUUCCAGCUGAUGCAGGUGUUAACGAGGUUAGGCUCCAAGACAAGGGGAGUCGACCACAGUCGGUUCGAGUAGUGGUUGCAGGAGUUCCUGUGGAAGGAAUCGUGGAUACGGCAGCCGACAUCACUAUUGUCGGGGCGGAGGUGUUCAAACGUAUCGCAGUUGUCGCUAAGUUGAGGAAGCGAGAAUUGAAACCAGCUGACAAAACACCACGUACAUAUGACCACAAGAUCUUCAGGCUCGAUGGACGCCUGGACCUAGAUGUUACCUUUCAAGGGAAGACCAUGAAGACGCCAAUCUAUCUGAAGAUGGAUGCCAAGGAAUCACUCCUACUGUCUGAAGGAGUGUGUCGCCAACUGGGUAUCGUCAGCUACCACCCACAAGUAACGCCUGGCGGCAAUCACAGUAAGGAGAAGAUCACGAGUGAUGUGUUGGUGCCUGCAGUCAGGGUACAACUUGUUGAGACGGUGAAGCUGAAACCUCGGGAGAGUAUAAUGGCGGGGGUUAGUGGGCAGGGACAGUGGUCAGAGCCGGAGUUCAUGCUGCUUGAGACCGACGACCAGCAGGAAGUGGAGGCUGGGGCACGCAUCGCUAGUGCACUCGUCAAGCCCGUCAGCCGAUGGUGUGGUUCAGGUACUCAUCUCCAACUCUCACUCGCUCACCCAUAAGAUUCCAGAGGGAACGGAGAUCGGUGGAGCGGUGCCUGUUGAGAUAGUGGAGCCAGCUGACCC